AUGGGGGAAACGGGCAAAGAGGAGUACAAAAUACAGUCAUUCGACACCGAGACUCAGAAGCUGCUGAAAACAGCCCUCAAAGACCCCAGCAACGUGGACCUGGAGAAAGUGGCCAAUAUCAUAGUGGAUCAGUCCCUCAAAGACUGUGUGUUCAGCAAGGAGGCAGGGCGCAUCUGCUACACCAUCAUCCAGGCAGAGAGCAAACAAGCUGGGCAGAGCAUCUUCCGGAGGAGCUUGCUGAACCGGCUGCAGCAGGAGUACAAGGACAGGGAGGAGCUGCGCAGCCGCUCGCUCCAGGCGUGGAUCUGCUACGUCACCUUCAUCUGCAACAUCUUCGACUACCUGAGGGUGAACAACAUGCCCAUGAUGGCUCUGGUGAACCCUGUGUACGACUGCCUGUUCCGGCUGGCCCAGCCUGACAGCCUGCGGAAGGAGGAGGAGGUGAGUGCAGGGCAGAGGGGCUUGACUGCUGGGGACUUGCAGAGAGAUGCACCCAAGCUCCCCGUGGUGUACUCAAGCCCUCUCCCCUUCCUCCUGAAGGUGGACUGCCUGGUGCUACAGCUCCAUCGCAUCGGCGAGCAGCUGGAGAAGAUGAACUCCCAGCGGAUGGACGAGCUCUUCUCCCUCCUCAGAGAUGGCUUCCUCCUGCAGGAGGGGCUCAGCUCCCUCUCCCAGCUCCUGCUGCUGGAGAUCAUCGAGUUCCGAGCGGCCGACUGGAAGAUGACGGACGCUGCCCAGAAAUACUACUACAGCGAGGUGACAGAUUAACCUCUGCGGCAGGGAGGGGAGAGAGGCCCCCAGCACUUUCACCAGCAAGCUUCAAACCAACUUGGAAUUUCUUUUUUUCACAUUAAUGUUUUUCUGGCACUUCCUGUAAAUAGGAUUUAUAUUGGCUAGAGCCUCUGGGCAGGUGACUGUCGGGCUGCCAAGUGGUGCUGGCCUCACUUUGGAGGCUUGGCGAGGUGGGAGGGGCAGGGAACAUUUCACCCUCCAGAUUCUCCCACUGGCUUUUGUCCAACACUGGGCUGCUGCCAGCAAAGGGCAAGGAAGGCUUUGAGUCAAACCAGCAUUUUAGAUGGGUGUUGAGGAAAGCACAGUCUAGGCUGAGGAGGUUUUGGUUCACCUGAGCACCAGCAGAGCUACGGGAGACAGAGGGAAAACCUUUCACAGCUCAGGUUGUACCUGGUUCCCUGGGACAAGUCACAGAAAACACUGUGGCCUCACAGACAGCUCAACCAAGUCCUGUUUUUCCCAGGCUAUCCUUCAAGCACGCUGGCUGCACCUGCAUGCACACAGCCUCCCCCACAGGUCACAAGCCACCAAUACCUGCCACAGGGUAGCCUGCAGCAGGACAUGUAGCUAGGAAGAGGUUUUCUAAGUUUUAUACAAUAACUGCCAUGUUUUUUCAGAUCUUAGCAAGUUUCAGCUAUGGUUUCUUAUAGCAAUGGGAGAGGAAGAAAGGAA